AUGCACCAGGCGCUAUCGCUGUCGUCUGUCUGUGCCAAAAUAGUCCAACUGCUGGGACAAAAUGAAGUAGACCAUCGUCAGAAGCAGGUUGUCAUUCUGAGCCAGGACAGCUUCUACCGUGUUCUCACCACGGAGCAGAAGGCCAGAGCUCUCAAGGGCCAGUUCAACUUUGAUCACCCAGAUGCCUUUGACAAUGAGCUGAUUGUCCAGACCAUCAGGGAGAUCGUGGAGGGGAAGACGGUGCAGAUCCCUGUGUACGACUUUGUCUCCCACUCUCGCAAAGAGGAGACCGUGACUGUGUAUCCUGCUGAUGUCGUGCUCUUUGAGGGCAUCCUGGCCUUCUACAACCAGGAGGUGCGGGACCUUUUCCAGAUGAAGCUCUUUGUGGACACAGAUGCAGAUACCCGGCUGUCCCGCAGGGUUCUCCGUGACAUCAGCGAGCGAGGCAGGGACCUCGAGCAAAUCUUACUGCAGUAUAUCGCCUUUGUCAAGCCAGCCUUUGAAGAAUUCUGCUUGCCUACCAAGAAGUACGCGGAUGUGAUUAUCCCAAGGGGAGUGGAUAAUCUCGUCGCCAUCAACCUGAUCGUGCAGCACAUCCAGGACAUCCUGAGCGGCGGCCCCAGCAAGCGCCAGCCCAGCGGCUGCCCGAACGGCCACGCCGCCCCCCGCCACCGACGGCGCUCGGAGUCCAGCAGCCGGCCGCACUGACCGUGCGCUCGUGGGGA